UUUUCUGGCCGCCUUCGCUAUGGAAGAACCUGAGAUGCAGCUGAAAGGAAAGAAAGUCACAGACAAGUUCACCGAAAGCGUCUAUGUCCUGGCCAACGAGCCAUCAGUGGCCCUGUACCGGCUACAGGAACAUGUGCGCCGCUCGCUGCCAGAGCUGGCCCAGCACAAGGCUGAUAUGCAGAGGUGGGAGGAGCAGAGCCAGGGUGCCAUAUACACCGUGGAGUACGCCUGCAGUGCUGUGAAGAGCCUGGUGGACAGCAGCGUGUACUUCCGCAGCGUGGAAGGCCUGCUCAAGCAGGCCAUCAGUAUCCGGGACCACAUGAACACCAGCGCCCAGGGCCACAGCCAGGAAAACCCGUCCCCUCCUUCCUUGGCCUGACUCUGACCCCUGAAGGCCCAGGGCUACCGGCUUUCCCACCCAGGUCAGUGCAGAAGCCACCACUCUGAUGAACUAACCUACAUCUUUGUGUCCCUGCAGGGACCUGCUGUCUAACGGUUGGGUUUCCUGGCUG